AUGUGGAAGCUGUACACUUUGUCUAUAACUUUAGAGCUGCUGGACGAAACAGCGUCGACGUGGCGAAAGAUGCGUGUAACGAAUGGGGUACUGUUCAUCUGCGUCCGCUUUCUGGUCGUCGAGAGCUCUGAUCUCUCGUCGCUUAAGCAGAUCGACAAGGAGGCCGCACUUGUUUUACGCUCGUCCAGCUAUCAAAAAUUUGCGUGCAAGUGUGUGGUCCUUGAUCAUCGGGUCAAAGAGGUGCGCGAAAAAGACGAAGGCAAGGCGAGGUAA